AUGGUUGGUUUUCUCCAACGAGAGGCUAAAGGAGCCUCGUCGCUAGUGCUCUGGCUGGAUUGCGACAAGGAGGGCGAGAAUAUUUGCUUCGAGGUUAUUGACAGCGUCCUUCCCGUCAUGGGACCGCAGGUGCAAACUGCGAUGCAGAACUUGCGGCAACCCAAUAAGAACGAGGCUCUGUCCGUGGAUGCUCGUCAGGAGACAGACCUGCGAAUCGGCUGUGCUUUUACGCGCUUCCAAACCAAGUUCUUUCAGGGCAAGUACGGGGAUUUGAACAGCCGUCUUGUGUCCUUCGGCCCUUGUCAGACGCCAACACUAGGAUUUUGUGUAAAGCGUCACGAUCGAAUCCAGUCGUUCAAGCCAGAGACCUUCUGGCGAAUAUCGGCAACGGUGGUAGCUGGUGAGACUGGUGAACGUCUGCCACUCGUUUGGAACCGCGAUCGCAUUUUUGACAAGGAAGCCGCCAUGGUCUUUCUCAACAUGACCACUAGUGCAGACAAGGCAGUGUAG